GUGACCUUAAGUUUGUAUGUCCUCAAUUUUUCCCCUUGAGAUAAAGAAAUACAUGUACAAAGCAAUAAGAUAGUUCAUGUCUACAACUGAAAGAUAAGACGGUGUUGAAUUGUUUAGACCAUAGCUGUCCGGACUUGUAUUAGGGCGUCAGCCAUGCGAGUGACGUUUUGGUUAUUGGCUUUGUGCCAAAUUCUCUUCUUUACAAAUGGCGCAAAUACGGCUUCCACAACUGACACUUUUUCCAAACAAGUGCACGACUUCCAGACAGAACUUCAACAGUUUACGUCUUCUGUAAAAACGAGUAUAAGUCGUCUUGCUAGACAAAUGAUGCUUCAGCAAAUGCAAGUGGAAGAGAAAAUCCGUGCAGACGGAAGCUCGGGUAUCAAACAAAUCCGAAACAACGGUGGCGGAUCGAGGCCCUAUCACUUUAAUACAUUCAUGUCGCCUGGAUCAUUUUGUUCCAUGCACGAGCAUUCCAAUUACGACAGAACUGUAGGCUUAGGUGAGUUUAUAGCCGUGUUAAAUGGUGUGGAAUUCCGUACAAGACAUAACGAUUAUAAACUCAGAAUGCCAUCUACUAAGACCAAGAAUUAUCACGUAAUGGAAAAUAUUCCAUUUCCGGAGGUCCCACCUUCAGUCCGCAGCAAGCAAAAUAUCCAUGAACAGAUUGUUGAGAUGCAACAAUACUUUAAGGCUUUCAAAGAGCAGGACAGCACGAUUAGAAAUUACGAACCGUAUUUCAAACCGACCCUUUGUUAUGUGGAGGGCGCUUGGACGACUGAUACUCGUCAUCUUGACGAACCAUUUGAGAGCGACAGACAUUUCAUAGAUGCAUCGAGUUGGUUUGACUUGCAACAAAAGAUCCAGUAUAUGUCUUCAACAGGCGGAAAGAACAACAAUGAAAAUCUGUCAUACCUUCCAACCGCUAUCAUCAAUGUUACUGCCGAUGGCUCGCCUGUUUAUGCACAGUGGAAUUAUAGAAUCGUGUGCCAUCCGAUAAAGAAAAAACUGAAACUUGAAGAUUUUAAGCCUAUCGAUGACUUGAAUACACAUAUAGAUAAUAUUCGCAGAAACUUCACUCAGUUGACAACAUAUAGUAAAAGCUUAAGAUAUAACUUAGCGCCAGAACACGGGUCCAACUACAGUAACCUAACAGGUUCGGGAACAUUUGAAGAUGGUCACUUUUACUACAAUAUCAUGGAUCAACUGAUGUACGAAAUUCCAGGUGUUGAUAAUUACCCAGGACAUUUAAGUGACGAUACCUUUGGCGAGCUUAAACACAGAGUGGAUACCAACACUCCAACAGUAUUAAAUACCGCUCGUUAUCAUCGUCACUAUAAGAUACUUCCAAAGGGCGACAAGGGACUUUCAAUGCAAAACAGAGGUUAUUCAGACUCUACGCUCUGGGUUGCGCAAACUACAAACCCAAAGAUUGCCGAAAUGGAAGCCAAGGAUUGCCACGUUGACGUGCAUACGCAAAAGCCUGUAUGUAGAACAUACAAGACCCGGUCGACAUAUGCAAUUCCUCUUGAGAUUGUCUGGCUCACCCCGCUCAGUGCAUGGAAUCCGUAUAACUUAGCAAUUCACAAAGACUACAAUGCUGUUACUGCCAAUGGUAGAAAUGGGGGAAACGAUACAGCACAUGCUUUUAAUGGAUCGUCUUUACGUAACUACUAUCUAACACCGGCUGAAUUCUUUCACGGCGUAGAAGAAGACCGAGAUCCCGCCGAUACCGCCAAAGAUUCUGUAGGUGUGUUAGAUCAGCACGGAAAGGUGCAGAGAGUUUCUGCCUCCGGCAUACGUAUUUUUACACCGAAAAUAAGCGGUGUUGGCAAAAUAAGACUUAGGUACCCGGUUGCUCCGGCUCACCAAGAGGGAGACGUAACUUGGAAAAAUCUCAUUGCAUUGCAAGACGUUCUGAUGGAUACCAUGAAAUUUGCUCAGAUGUUUGAGCAGAAGCCCGCUACGAUGGAUCCACUUGCGCAUGCGCCCGAUACCAUCUACCUAAUGACGACGACGCACAAUAAUCCACCCGGAAUGCAUAACCAUGAGGUGUAUAUCACACGUGAAGAAAUGAUCGCUCUUGAACGAAUUGGGACCAUGGUUGAAGUCUAUACCUCGGAAAGUAAUGGACAUCAUCAUCAGCUUACAUUGACUAUGGAUCCACAACAUAGUGAUCUCAGCACUUUAAAAGUAGUUGACUGUGACGGAAAAUCAACAUGCUGGGACGGCCAUAGCAUGACCGUUACAAAGAAGAAAGUGUGAUCAUAAUUCCUCUCGUGUUGUACUUAACAACAAGAAACAUAUUAAAAUAUUUAUAACUA